AUGAACUUGCAUCGUGGGAUGUAUAGUGAGUUUGUCAGCCUCGUCACAACCCGGAUAAUCUAAUUUUCCCGUUUAGAAUCCAAGUUCAAGCGCAUUCCGAUUGCUCUGAUUAUCUGUAUCCUCUCCACUUUCGUCCUUGGUAAGUUCUCUGCUAUGACAUUCCACGUGGCAGAGAAAACGAUUACAGAAUCGACGGCCGUCAAUGAAAUUGGACCCGACUCCCAGGAAAUGGGCAUCAGAAGAGCUCCGAGAGCCGGUUAGAUUCGAGUCCAGAAACAUCGGAAACUUGAUUUGUUGCAGGAGAUUCUCUGUCGGAAUUUGCCGAAAAAAUGGCGAUGACCGCCCGUGUCACCAACGCGAUCUUCCUCCAGAACGGACUCGCCAACGGCUCCGUUCCGAUCGAGAACGUCGUCGCAGAACUUCUCAAUUUCGGGUCUGUUACGGUCAAGCAAGUAGUAGGCAUUGACACUAAAAAAGUGAUCGAAUUGACGGAAUCCCUAAAAGGAAUGCCUGCGAGCCUUGAUUCUUCCGACGCUGUACAUACGUUCGAGAAGUUUUUGUUAGAUACGAAUUACAUUCGAAUCGAAUCAGAGAGCAUAGGAAAUCUCACAAGUUUACCGGGACUCGACGCGUUCUUCAAAAACGUUGAAGACUUUAAAGUGAACAGCACGUCUUUCGAUCGACUAUCUCAUAUCAAGCAAGUAUUCGAGUCUGUCCUUGAACCAUUGAACAAUAUAAGGGAUGUAUACGAAAACAAAACUAAACGUAAAGUCCUGUGGAUAAUGAAUGAAGUGGAUUUGUUCCAUUUCUCUUUGACCAACGUCACCACUUCUCUGCAUGACCUCGAGAGCAUGAAGCAGAGCUUGACCAACUUUGUCCCUUCGAAUAGUGGGCUACUCAAUCUGCGACCUGUUCAAAGAAUGUCGAGUCUUCUCUUUUUCCGAGACAAUCUUCAUAUUGCCGACGACAAAAGCGACCUGAACUUUGAUCAACUGUCGAAAAUUUCCGCGAAUGCGUCGAAGAUUUUGGUAGACUUGGAAUCGUUUGGAAAGCUUGUUAGAAACCAAUUCGCGCCUCUUCAAAAGCCGUUUGAGGAGUUUCUAAAAUUGUCGACAGAUGUGAAUAUUAAUGAUUGGACCCUACAAGUUAUUGGAUCAUCGAAGAAUAACACAAAAUUGAGGGAGGCGCUGAAGCCGAUUCUUCUGCUGCACAGAAAUCUCAGUGGAAUUGAGAAGGACUGGAAUGGGAUCGGCACUGUUGAGAUUCAUCGGUCGACUGACAAUUUGAUAAGUAUAAUGGAAACGAUCGCAAACGUUUCAUUGAAAUCUCAAGAAGCGUCUCAAUUUUUCAACAUCUCUUACACUUGCUUGAAGCUUGGUGAUCUUGUAACUACAGGAACUACUCAGGGUGUGAAUGCGUUGAUCAAUGACGUCACACAGUUUGACAAUCGUGUUCAAUCGCUUCAAAAGUUUUUCGAUGGAUUAUCUGAAUUGGAUUUCGACGCAAUACUCAGCAAAGUAGCAGCUAUACGUGAAAUCAUUCAAUUUUCAUCGCCUGCGGAAGCUUUUAAAGAAUUACCGGGUAUUCUGGAGAACUUGAAAACGAAAGGGAAGGAUGACGUGGAAUCACUGCUGAACUUUGCAAGGUCCGUAUCAGCUCUCGCCAAUUCAAGCCUACCGACGAACAGUAACGUGACUUUUGAUUCUUUAAUCAACACGAUUAUUUCGCGAAAAGAUGCAGUUGAAGCGUUCCGUAAUAAUAUUGUUGUUAAGAAGGAAGUUGCACUGCACAAAUGUCUUCUCGGCGAAUCGGAAAGGAGCGAGAAUGCCGCCCGGGCAAUUCGGAUGAUUCAGAAACUUCGGAAUGUGACCAGCACGGAGAGUGAUGCCGUGGCAAAAAUAGCUACCACGGUCGGCCAAACUACUGCCCUUUUGAAAACACUUCCGAGUGUUCUGAAGGAUAUGAAAAGUCUUUCAAAUAUGCCAGAAGCAGAAGAGUUCAAGAAGAUGAAGAAUGCUCGCAAUGUCUCGAGAACUGUUUCAAGAGCGGCAGCGGGGAUCAGGAACAUCUGGAAGUUAUCGGAAGCGACAUCUUCACUGACUACUAUCAUGAAUGCAAGUCUGUUGGUGACGGAAAAAAUCGCCCAGAUUCCCAAUCGGAAACGAAGAGCCAUUCUGAAAUCGAAAGUGCUUCAAUGCUGGGGAAACCAUUCGGAUGACGUGGUGAAUAUCGACACGGUGCUCAAACAGAUCGGUUCCUUCCGAAGACACAUUGAUCAGGCGAAACCGAAAAGUCUGAAGGAUUACGGAACGGUCUUCACGAAUGCUAGUCUAAUCGACAGCAUUCAGAUGGACGUGGCCAAGAAGAUCGAAGCCAUCACUCAGAUUCUGACGAUUACUUCUGAUCCGACCGAAGUUAAGAAGCUCGAAACAAUCAAGAAUUCUCUACAACAUCUGGAACCACUUGAUCUUCAGUUCGCCGGCUACCGUCUUCAUUUCCAAAGCGCCCCAGAGUCUCUCGACUCCUUGUGGAACUUCUUCACCGAAUUUUUCACAGUUCCGGUUUCUGCCCCCGCACCCGCACCGUCUCAAGCUCGAACCACUUCGAAUGGCUCAACUGCCAGUGUUGAAAGCACCGAAAAGGAGGAGUCUUCAACUCUAGAGUGAGUUUACAAAAAAAAUCACAAAUCUGAAGUAUCCCGUUUGCAGGAUUAUCGGAAUAUGUGGGGGAGUUGUCGGCGGACUUUCUCUUCUGCUGACCGCAGGAUACUAUGGCCGCAAAAAAUUGAUGCAGCGAAAGGCGCUGAAACGACUGAAACUGCUGAGAAUCGAACGUGAGUCUGCCUUAGUCUCGUCUAAUAGUUUUAUAUUUUACAGAGGACCGCAUCAAAGAAUGGCCGCUCCUUCUGAAAUGGAUCAACGGUCUGAGGUUCAGCAGUCACAGCGAGUUGAUGAAAUUGCUGGUAAAAGUGCUGCUAGUCAUGAAGUACGAGGUGGCGGUGACCGUGCAGAACGGUCUGGGAGACCGCAGUCGAUCCGGCAUUCCGCUCAAUCCGAAAGCCUUCUUCCACGAUCGAAAAGAGCUGAACGUGUUGGACGGCGGUCAGAUCAUCACAAAAAGGGGUCUUAUGCUUCGCGCGACUCAGGCGCCGAUGGACGGCACCGAGGGGAAGGCUAACACGACGGCCGACUUCUGGAAGGAAGUCUCCGACGCCGCCACCGAGUUUAUUAUUCAUUGCGGACCACACCAGGAGGUCGACAUGCAAAAGAGCGGCGUUUAUUUUCCGAACAUCAAACAGACGGCCGUCUACGGAGACGUGGAGGUGAAGACGAUCAGCGAGAAGGCGAUUAUGAAGGGCGAGGUGAUCGAGAGAAAGUUCGAAGUGACGGAUACGACGUGAGUAUUCAAACGAUUCUGUAAUUUUGAUUUUAAAAAAAUUGAAUUAGAUCCGGCCAUCCUACUCUGACAGUCACUCACUGGCAGUACAUCACGUGGCUCCAGAUGGACGUUCCUGAGACUCCGGAGGUUGCGGUAGACCUGCUGAUGCUGGUCAACAAGUGCAAGACGCCGGUGAUGGUGGUGUGCUCGACGGGACGAGGACAAUCGGUCGCCCUGAUUGGUACGGCUUCAAUUUGUCCGGUUGCUAACAAGAAACGCGACGACAUUUCAGGCAUGGAGUACAUUGCGAGAAUUGUGGAGAAAAACCCUAACGCGGACCUAUUCGACAUUUGCGACGAGCUGCGCGAGAUUCGAUAUCUGGGACUUACCACAUUGGCUCAAGUCGAAUUCAUGCUCGUCGGCACCGUUCUUCUUCUCCACAAGGACUAUGCGAACGGUGACAUGAAAGAGUACGAACUUCAUCUGAACGAGUACAAGCGGGAGCGGCCGGAGCUGCUCGGCGAUAUUCGUAAGGCGAUAUAUUAGGAAUAGGAAUUUGAGGACAUUGAAACUAUUUCCAGCGGAGCGCGUAAGAAGUCUGCAAGAAAUUCAACCGUUUGUCAAGAAACUGUACGUUUCGUCAAAGUUGAUACAAAACGAGAAGAUCGCGUUGGAAAGAAUGAUGCUGGCUGUCAGUGUGCCUGCCGAUGCCGUCGAGAUUCAGGCGAGAAGAUGCAGGUGUGUGAACUUCAGAGCAUUUCUGCCAAGUUUCAGCAAAUUCUUAUUUACUGUCUAGACCCUUUCGGAAACCAUUUUUCAGAUCAGCGAAGAAAUCGCCGUUCAAGCACAACCUGGUAUCCGUACACGAUCCGGAUCAGCCGAAACCGGUGUGGAUGAACGCGAGCGACGUGCGAAUGAAAAACGGCACGGUGUUCCGCGUGAGCGAGGUUCCGAUGGACGGCAGAGACAAGGAGAAAGACAAUACCAUGUGCGACUUUUGGAUGAUGGUCCAACAAGGACGCACCCGGUACGUGGUGCAGGUGUGUCAGAUGGCCGACGAACGCUACGAUUUCGUGUGCCCCCAGUACUUCCCGGACGCCGUCGGCGAGACGGUCAAUUGUGGCCGGAUUUUGCUGAAGACGAUCAAGAGACGGACAAUUCUGAAUGGAGACGUCAUCGAGAGAGAACUCGAAAUCACUUCCAAGAGGUAAUUUAUUCGCGAAUCUUCGAAAGACGAGGGAACGUUUUCAGCGGAAAGUCCGUGGUCACUCACUUUUUCUUCGUUUGCUGGCUCGACAAGAUUCCAAAUGGAAAGUUCGAGACGGUCUUCGCCGUGCUGAACCGCGUAAAUAAAUCGCCGUGGCCGGUGCUUGUCGUGUGCGAGAACGGCAUUGACAAGUCGAUGGUGUUCACCGCUGUCGAGUACAUCACACGUUACGCACAGUGCAAUCCGACCACCGCCCUCGGCAACAUUUUCGUCGAACUCUACAAACAGCGGCACGGGUGCAUAUCCAGAAUAGACUCGUACUACGCGUGGACGGGAGCACACUACAUGCUGAGAAAGGUAUCACACUUGCCCUGAGAAAUUGUGCAAACUUUUGCUCAAAUCGCAGACAGUUGCUCUUUUUUGCGCCCUCAAACACUGCGGAAAUUGAAGAAAUUGGUUGUAGUUUGCGCGAUUUCUCUGGAACAUUGCCCAUCAUCUCAUUCAUGUCUUUACAGAUUUACGGAAUGGAUAUGGAGGAUUUUGAGAAGGCAUUGACCGACUUCAAGUUUCACACGGGCAACACGUUUAUGGCUUUCGAUAAGGAACGGCUACACGCGCGCUCCAAGAGGCGAACCAACGUGAAGUGGAAUGCGAAGGUGGAAAAGCACAAGGCACGACAGAAGAAGCUGGAUGUGGUGGAGGAGAAGAGAGCCGGAGCAGGAACUGACUCGAAGGCGACGAGUUCGAUUUCUUAUUCGUCUUUGGAUGAUUCGGAUGGCCCCACUUCCUCACAUUUGGCUAUUGAAUUGGAAUAA